AGUCUCAUGCUUUUGAACCUUAAACCCUCAAACUUCAACAAAAAUCAUCUCACACUUCUAUCCCAAUCUUUCGAAGAACCCACAAAAUCCCUGUGGAAAUCUCAGAACCCAUUUUUCCUUCUUUGAUUCUUCCUUGGAGAAAUCCUUACUCUUUCGAAAUUUCAGAGCUCAGAUCUUUUUCACAUCUUUUAGGUAGUGUCGCUGAAGAUAUAUCAUUUUAUUAACUGAGAAUACAGCAAUUGUAUUUUCAAAUGGCACUGGUUGUAAUCUGUGGUCAACCAUGCAGUGGAAAAUCCAAAGCUGCAUUAGCUCUAGCUGAAGCUCUUAAAGAAUCAUCAGAAUUGAAAUAUCAAGUGAGAAUCAUAGAUGAAGCUUGUUUUCAUCUCGAUCGGAAUCAAAGUUACGCGAAUAUGCCAUCAGAGAAGAAUUUAAGAGGGGUUCUUAGGUCAGAAGUUGAUAGGUCUCUGUCAAAAGAUACUGUUAUUAUCGUUGAUUCUUUGAAUAACAUUAAGGGUUACCGAUACGAGCUAUGGUGUUUGGCUCGUGCUGCGGGGAUUAGAUAUUGUGUUGUUUACUGUGAUGUUGAGGAUAAUGAUUGUAGAAAAUGGAAUCAAGAGCGAAGGGAGAAAGGCGAAGAUAAUUAUGAUGAUGCAAUAUUUGAAGAUUUGGUAAGGAGAUUUGAGAAACCGGAGAGAAGAAACCGAUGGGAUUCACCUUUGUUUGAGUUGAAAUCAUCAUCGUCGUCUUCUUUGUCUGCUUCUGCUUCUGUUGUAGAUGAUGCUGUCUCUUACAUAACCAAAAAAGUGGACUCAAAAACCCGCAAUGUGAAGAUACUGCAACCAACUAUUGCGACUCAAACUUCACGUUUUUCGGAUGCGAAUUCUCUCUAUGAGCUGGAUAAAGCAACACAGGAGGUUACUAAUGCUAUAGCAGAAGUGCAAUCUCGUGAUCUUGGUAUGCUACCAGCUAAUGGCAUUUCUAUAGGGAAAGACUUGCCUCCUAUCAAUCUUUCGAGAUCAGUUGGGUUGCCAGAGCUUCGUAGGCUGCGACGUACGUUCAUGAAAUUGACAGGGCAAACAAGUUUGAGUGGGAGACCUCCUCCUUCUAAUUCAGAUAGUGCUAAAAGAAUGUUUAUUGAUUACUUGAACAGGGAACUUGGAACUUCAUGAAGAAAAGUUUCUUAUAACUGAUUUUAUCUGUGUGCUUGAUUAAUUAAAUACUGAGAUAUUUUAUAUUUACUUAGACCAUUGUUGUUGAAUAAGUUGCUUUUUCACCCUCUUAAGUUUUAUUGUAAUACUUACUAUUUUAUUGUCUUUCCCGAAUCCAACCUGUGAUGUAAAGAUGAUAAUAACACUUAGUUCCUCUCACAUCUGAACAUGUCUUCACUUAUUAACAUCUUGUGGUUUGUCCUUGAGAAAGAUGAGUUGAUAUGAAUGAUGAUUAAGUUAUAUAGCA